AGGGGAACUCGUGCGGCCAGCAAUAUUGGUUACACACGGAAGUUAUGUAUGAACACCGGAAGUGCAACAUUUCCUUUCCGCCGCCAAACCGGGUGCUGUUUGCACGCGUGCCGAUUUCUUUUACAGAAAUCGCCUUUAAGUCAUUAAACAAAUAGGAUAUCACCUAAACAAUUAUGAAACCAAUUUUGCUACAGGGCCAUGAAAGGUCCAUCACACAGAUCAAAUACAACAGGGAGGGUGACCUACUGUUUUCUGUCGCAAAGGAUCCAGUGGCCAAUGUUUGGUAUUCUGUGAAUGGAGAGCGACUUGGCACGUAUAAUGGACACACUGGUGCUGUCUGGUGUGUGGAUUGUGACUGGGAUACCAAACAUGUUUUGACUGGAUCCGCUGACAACAGUUGCAGACUUUGGGACUGUGAGACUGGGAAACAGCUUGCUCUGCUGGAGACGAGUUCGGCUGUAAGGACCUGCGGCUUUGACUUCAGUGGAAACAUCAUCAUGUUCUCCACAGACAAACAGAUGGGCUACCAGUGCUACCUGAACUUCUUUGACCUCAGAGACCCUGCACAGAUUGAGGACAACCAGCCCUACGUGUCCAUGCCCUGCAGCGAGUCGAAGAUCACCAGUGCCGUCUGGGGUCCCCUCGGGGACUUUGUCAUCGCCGGCCAUGAGAAUGGAGAGAUCAACCAUUUCAGUGCCAAGUCUGGGGAGAUCCUGAAGACGGUGAAGGAACACACCAAGCAGAUCAACGACAUCCAGUCCUCCGUGGACCUCACCAUGAUCAUCACCGCCUCCAAAGACUGCUCCGCCAAGCUGUUUGACUCGACGUCACUGGACCACAUCAAGUCCUUCAAGACGGAGAGACCUGUUAACUCUGCUGCCAUUUCUCCUAUUAUGGACCAUGUGGUCAUGGGAGGUGGUCAGGAGGCCAUGGAGGUGACAACAACCUCUACCAGGAUCGGCAAGUUCGAGGCCAGGUUCUUCCAUGCUGCAUAUGAAGAGGAGUUUGGCAGAGUAAAGGGACACUUCGGUCCCAUCAACUGUGUGGCAUUCCACCCUGAUGGCAAAAGCUACAGCAGCGGAGGAGAGGACGGUUACACCAGAAUUCACUACUUCGACCCCCAGUACUUUGAUUUCGAGCUGGAGGUGUAGGCCACACCUGAAAACAGCAGACGCAUUCCCCCGGCGGCCAUUCCUGGACUGACUCCAGAUCAGUCCCCAUGGCUCCCUGUCAGCAUCACACUGCUAAGCGGCCCCAAUCAUCGGCUGCACCCGUGCAUUUGUGGUUUUUGUAUUAUUGGUUUUACAUCGAUACUUUACUCCCAAUAAGCCUUAAUCCAAGGUCUAUUAAAUUAAUGGAUUUCCCAAAUAAAUACUUGGCUAUUGAGGUACGACA